AGCAGGAGGGCCUAAAUCGUCUGAGCCCUCCUUGGCUCUUACAAUGCUCACUUGUUUUCACAGUGCAGCAAAAUGAAAUGCCUUAGAAAAAGAGUAACAUUCCAGAAAACGGUGUAAUUUAUUUUUCUUCCUUAAUUGCCCCAUCUGUGGAGGAUUUCUUUGCUGAACACCACGUCAAAGGGAUCUUCUGCAUUUAAAAUAGAAGAGGCAUCAUGCUGAAGAGGGAGGGGAAGGCCCGACCUUACACUAAAACCCCGGAUGGAGGAUGGGGAUGGAUGAUUGUGAUUCAUUUUUUCCUGGUGAAUGUGUUUGUGAUGGGGAUGACCAAGACUUUUGCAAUUUUCUUUGUGGUCUUUCAAGAAGAGUUUGAAGGCACCUCAGAGCAAAUUGGUUGGAUUGGAUCCAUCAUGUCAUCUCUUCGUUUUUGUGCAGGUCCCCUGGUUGCUAUUAUUUGUGACAUACUUGGAGAGAAAACUACCUCCAUUCUUGGGGCUUUCCUUGUUACUGGUGGAUAUCUGAUCAGCAGCUGGGCCACAAGUAUUCCUUUUCUUUGUGUGACUAUGGGACUUCUACCUGGUUUGGGUUCUGCUUUCUUAUACCAAGUAGCUGCUGUGGUAACUACUAAAUACUUCAAAAAACGAUUGGCUCUUUCUACAGCUAUUGCCCGUUCUGGGAUGGGACUGACUUUUCUGUUGGCACCCUUUACAAAAUUCCUGAUAGAUCUGUAUGACUGGACAGGUGCCCUUAUAUUAUUUGGAGCUAUCGCAUUGAAUUUGGUGCCUUCUAGUAUGCUCUUAAGACCCAUCCACAUCAAAAGUGAGAACAAUUCUGGUACUAAAGAUAAAGGCAGCAGUUUGUCUGCACAUGGUCCAGAGGCAUGUGCAACAGAAACACACUGCAAUGAGACAGAAGAGUCUACCGUCAAGGACAGUACUACGCAGAAGGCUGGACUACCUAGCAAAAAUUUAAUAGUCUCACAAAAUCAAAGUGAAGAGUUCUACAAUGGGCCUAACAGGAACAGACUAUUAUUAAAAAGUAAUGAAGAAAGUGAUAAGGUUAUUUCGUGGAGCUGCAAACAACUCUUUGAUAUUUCUCUCUUUAGAAAUCCUUUCUUCUACAUAUUUACUUGGUCUUUUCUCCUCAGUCAGUUAGCAUACUUCAUCCCCACCUUUCACCUGGUAGCCAGAGCCAAAACACUGGGGAUUGACAUCAUGGAUGCCUCUUACCUCGUUUCUGUAGCAGGUAUCCUUGAGACGGUCAGUCAGAUUAUUUCUGGAUGGGUUGCUGAUCAAAACUGGAUUAAGAAGUAUCAUUACCACAAGUCUUACCUCAUCCUCUGCGGCAUCACUAACCUGCUUGCUCCUUUAGCCACCACAUUUCCACUACUUAUGACCUACACCAUCUGCUUUGCCAUCUUUGCUGGUGGUUACCUGGCAUUGAUACUGCCUGUACUGGUUGAUCUGUGUAGGAAUUCUACAGUAAACAGGUUUUUGGGACUUGCCAGUUUCUUUGCUGGGAUGGCUGUCCUUUCUGGACCACCUAUAGCAGGCUGGUUAUAUGAUUAUACCCAGACAUACAAUGGCUCUUUCUACUUCUCUGGCAUAUGCUAUCUCCUCUCUUCAGUUUCCUUUUUUUUUGUACCAUUGGCCGAAAGAUGGAAAAACAGUCUGACCUGAAAGAAAGAAGACUGCAAUCAAGUGAGAGCUUAAUGAAAGAAAACCUAAACUGAUAUGUCAUUGGAAACGAAAGCUUGAAAGAAAUGCAUCUACAUUUGUAACAUGAGAAGGAAAACAAUUUUUUUUUUUUGAGACGGAGUCUCGCUCUUUUGCCCAGGCUGGAGUGCAGUGGCGCAAUUUUGGCUCACUGCAAUCUCCGCCUCCUGGGUUCAAGCGAUUCUCCUGCCUCAGCCUCCCAAGUAGCUGGGACUACAGGCACACACCACCACACCCAGCUAAUUUUUUGUAUUUUUAGUAGAGACGGGGUUUCACCAUGUUAGCCAGGAUGGUCUCCAUCUCCUGACCUCGUGAUCCGCCCGCCUUGUCCUCCAAAGUGCUGCACCUUUCCAGGUUGCAGGCAUGAGCCACUGAGCGUGGCCAACCAGAUAAGUUUUUAAGGUUCCUUCUUGCUUUAGCAUUCUGAGAAAUGUCUAAUUGGUAGUAAGACAAGAGUAAUAGCAACCUGUAUUGUUAGUAUUUAAUCAAAUAGGCUAAAAUUUUAAUCAGGCACCUUAUAUAUUAAAUAGAAAUUGGAAUGUACCAUAAUAAAUCCAAACUCUCAAUUACACCAUGGUAAUUCAGUCACUAAAAUAUGUAAGGAUAGAAAAUUUUUUCUUAAUUUAAAGAAGUGUGAAACACAGCCAUUGAUUGAUCAGAAUUCUGGAAUCUGAAUAUUAAAACCUUACUUAGUGACUGGAAUGGUAUAUGCUCCCUCCAAAAGUUUAUCUUUGUUUAUUAAUCAAAGGUAAUCCUUACUUUCUUUGUAUUACUUAGGUUCUUAAUUAAAGGUAAUCCUUACUUUCUUUGUAUUACUGAGGUUCUUAAAUUUCUAUGAUAAACAUGUAUGGCUAAAUAAUAAAAAGCAUAUAAAAAUUGCUUUAAAAA